AUUUUGAAGAGGCCAAUGUAGGGGGGGGGGCUUUAUUUCCUGACAGCUAUUUACUUAGAGAAAAUGAUUAGUUUUAGAAGGAUGGACUAUAACAUUGAAUCAAUUACAAAACUCGGUUUUUGAGCCCGUUACAGUUGGAGCUACAAGGAGAGAAACAGAGGAAGGGACCGCAGGAGAGAACUGGAGGCCGCGGACACACUUUUUGCUCCAUGUGUAGGAUUUUCAUUGCAGAGUGACAUACAAGGAGAAGUUUUCCAGAGCUAUGGGGACUUCCCAUCGGGCGUUCCUGGUCUUAGGCUGUCUCCUCACAGGGCCGGGCCUGAUCCUCUGCCAGCCUUCGCUGCCCUCGAUGCUUCCAAACGAAAACGAAAAGGUCGUGCAGCUGAAUUCGUCCUUUUCGCUGAGAUGCUUCGGGGAGAGCGAAGUGAGCUGGCAGUACCCCAUGUCUGAAGACGAGAACCCUAACGUGGAAAUCAGAAACGAGGAGAACAACAGUGGCCUUUUCGUGACGGUGCUGGAAGUGGCCAACGCCUCGGCAGCAGACCCGGAUGUAGCCUUUGUACCUCUGGGAAUGACAGAUUAUUUAGUCAUCGUGGAGGAUGACGAUUCUGCCAUCAUACCUUGUCGCACGACGGAUCCUGAGACUGCUGUGACCUUACGGAACGGUGACGGGGUGGUACCCGCCUCCUACGACAGCAGACAGGGCUUUAAUGGGACCUUCACUGUCGGGCCCUAUAUCUGUGAGGCCACUGUCCAAGGAAAGAAGUUCCAGACCAUCCCAUUUAAUGUUUAUGCUUUGAAAGCAACAUCAGAACUUGAUCUAGAAAUGGAAGCUCUUAAAACUGUGUAUAAGGCAGGGGAAACAAUCGUGGUCACCUGUGCUGUCUUUAACAACGAGGUGGUCGACCUUCAGUGGACGUACCCCGGAGUAGUGAAAGGCAAAGGUGUCACAAUGCUGGAGGAGAUCAAAGUCCCCUUCAUCAAGUUGGUGUACACGUUGACGGUCCCCGAGGCCACAGUGAAAGACAGUGGAGACUACGAAUGUGCUGCUCGCCAGGCUACCAAGGAGGUCAAAGAGAUGAAGAAAGUCACCAUUUCUGUGCAUGAGAAAGGGUUCAUUGAGAUCAAACCCACCUUCAGCCAGUUGGAAGCUGUCAACCUGCAUGAAGUCAAACAUUUUGUGGUGGACGUGCGGGCCUACCCUCCUCCCAGGAUAUCCUGGCUGAAGGACAACCUGACUCUGAUUGAAAAUCUCACUGAGAUCACCACCGACGUGGAAAAGAUUCAGGAAAUAAGGUAUCGAAGCAAGUUAAAGCUGAUCCGUGCUAAGGAAGAAGACAGUGGCCACUAUACUAUUGUCGUUCAGAAUGAAGACGACAUGAAGAGCUACACAUUUGAACUGUUAACUCAAGUGCCCUCAUCCAUCCUGGACUUGGUCGAUGACCACCAUGGCCCGACAGGGGGACAGACCGUGAGGUGCACGGCCGAAGGCACACCUCUGCCUGAUAUCGAGUGGAUGAUUUGCAAGGAUAUUAAGAAAUGUAAUAAUGAAACUUCGUGGACGAUUUUGGCCAACAACGUCUCAAACAUCAACACGGAGCUCCACCCCCGAGGCAGGAGUACAGUGGAGGGCCGUGUGACAUUCGCCAAAGUGGAGGAGACCAUUGCAGUUCGAUGUCUGGCCAAGAACCUCCUUGGGGCCGAGAACCGAGAGCUCAAGCUGGUGGCGCCCACCUUGCGUUCGGAACUCACGGUGGCAGCCGCGGUUCUGGUGCUGUUGGUGAUUGUGAUCAUCUCACUUAUUGUCCUGGUCGUCAUUUGGAAACAGAAACCGAGGUAUGAAAUUCGCUGGAGGGUCAUUGAAUCAAUCAGCCCCGAUGGACAUGAAUACAUUUAUGUGGACCCGAUGCAGCUGCCUUACGACUCGAGAUGGGAGUUCCCAAGGGAUGGACUCGUGCUUGGUCGUGUCUUGGGAUCUGGGGCAUUUGGGAAAGUGGUCGAAGGAACAGCCUAUGGAUUAAGCCGGUCCCAGCCUGUCAUGAAAGUAGCCGUGAAGAUGCUGAAACCCACGGCCAGAUCCAGUGAAAAACAAGCUCUCAUGUCUGAACUGAAGAUAAUGACUCACCUGGGGCCACAUUUAAACAUCGUGAACUUGCUGGGAGCCUGUACCAAGUCAGGCCCAAUUUACAUCAUCACUGAAUACUGCUUCUACGGAGAUCUGGUCAACUAUCUGCAUAAGAAUAGGGACAGCUUCCUGAGCCGCCACCCAGAGAAGCCAAAGAAAGAGCUGGACAUCUUCGGAUUGAACCCUGCUGAUGAAAGCACGCGGAGCUAUGUUAUUUUAUCCUUCGAAAACAAUGGUGACUACAUGGACAUGAAGCAGGCCGAUGCUACUCAGUAUGUUCCUAUGCUGGAAAGGAAAGAGGUGUCCAAGUACUCAGACAUCCAGAGAUCACUGUAUGAUCGCCCAGCCUCAUAUAAGAAGAAAUCCAUUUUAGACUCCGAAGUCAAAAACCUCCUUUCAGACGAUAACUCCGAAGGCCUUACUCUGUUGGAUUUGUUGAGCUUCACCUAUCAAGUUGCCCGAGGAAUGGAGUUUUUGGCUUCCAAAAAUUGUGUCCAUCGGGACCUGGCUGCGCGAAACGUCCUCCUGGCACAAGGGAAAAUCGUGAAGAUCUGUGACUUUGGCCUGGCCAGAGACAUCAUGCAUGAUUCAAACUACGUGUCAAAAGGCAGCACCUUUCUGCCCGUGAAGUGGAUGGCUCCCGAGAGCAUCUUCGACAACCUCUACACCACGCUGAGCGACGUCUGGUCUUACGGCAUCCUGCUCUGGGAGAUCUUUUCCCUCGGUGGCACACCAUACCCUGGCAUGAUGGUGGAUUCUACUUUCUACAACAAGAUCAAGAGUGGGUACCGGAUGGCCAAGCCCGACCACGCCACCAGUGAAGUCUAUGAGAUCAUGGUGAAGUGCUGGAACAGUGAGCCGGAGAAGAGACCCUCCUUUUACCACCUGAGUGAGAUUGUGGAGAACCUACUUCCUGGACAGUAUAAAAAGGGCUCCCCUUUCAUCUUAAACGGCGACACCUGUGAGCACUUUAGUCUCCAGGUGCUGGAGCGUCUGAAGCCGCUGCGCAGUCAGAACUCGCAGACCUCCGAAGAGAGUGCCAUUGAGACAGGUUCCAGCAGUUCCACCUUCAUCAAGAGAGAGGACGAGACCAUCGAGGACAUUGACAUGAUGGACGACAUCGGCAUCGACUCCUCGGACCUGGUGGAGGACAGCUUCCUGUGACUGGUGGAUUCGGGGUGCCUUCCACUCCUGGGGCCACCUCUGGACCCCUUUCAGAAAACCACUUUAUUGCAAUGCAGAGGUUGGGGGGAGGACUUGGACGAUGUGUAAAGAGAAGGUCCCAGCCAAGGGCCUCAGGGCGCCAUCUAAGUACGAAUGAAUGGGCCAUUGUUCAGAUGGAACCUUCUCGGCGUUGCUUCUUGCAGUGCUUCAGUAGCAUCUCAGCGGUGUGUGAAGUUUGGAGGUCGGCGGACAAGGGAAUAAUAGGCCACGAAAGACGAACUUUGUGUUUCAAGGGCAUUGGUGAAAUCCCGAUGUGCACAAUUUGUACCGCGACAAAACUCCAGCAUUGUAAUUAUGUAAAUAACUCUAACCGAGGAUGUGCUUAGAUUCGUAUUUUCUCUGGACGUCUGAGGAGACCACUCAUGCCAUCCGUGUACUUUCCUCCCGAAACCUGGUGUCAGCUGCUGUUGAACUUUCUUACGAAGUGCAUGAAAAACCACUUUGAACCUUAAAAGGUACUGGUACUAUAGCAUUUUCCUUUUUUUUUUAGUGUUAAAGAGAUAAAGGAUAAUAAUUAACCAACCUGUUUAAUAGAUUUGGGUCCUUUAGAAGCCCAAGAACUCAUUUUCAUAUUGUAAUCUACGUUUAUAAUACUACUACUGUUAUCAGUUAUGCUAAAUGUAUAAUAUGUAACAUGAUUUCCCUACAGAGAAAGCACAAUUAAAAAAAAAAAAAACCCUUACUAAGUAGGUGACAAGUUUGACAUUUAUAUUAAAUAACAUGUUUCUCUAUAAAAUAUGGUAGUAGCUUUAGUAGAUUUAAUUUAGUUGAACAUAGAGAACAAAGUAAAAGUAGUGUUGUCUAGGAAGUCAGAAUGUUUAACUGUGUACCGAAUAGGUUCCCCAACUCAUUGUAUUAAAAACAAUUGACUGCCCUCUGAAAUAAGGUGAUUAGAAACAACAAACAAAACCCCCAAGUCCUAAAUGUUCUCAAUAUAAAUACACAAACCUAUGCUGAACAUGACUUCUGUUCUUACCCAGUGGAAAAUAUCAUUGUCAGCAGAAAGACUGGAUUUGCAGAGGUUUGUUGCAUGCCUGGCGAUAACUUUGGUGGAUGCCAACAUAUACAAAUAAACAUAUAUAUUUUAAAUCUGUGACCCUUAAAAGGGUCAUAAGGAUGCCUGGACAUGAGCCUCCUUCUUUUAUCUCUUACCCCAAAGAGAACAGGUUUGAAACCCUGAGACUAUUCAGGCAUUGUUUAGCGGAGGCUGUAAACAUCCUUAGCCUGCAUCCUUCAUUCUCAAAUGUAACUGGUGUCAGAUUCUGGGUCCCUGUCCCUGAGAUUCUGAAGUAUUAAGUCUUGGGGAAGCAGGAACCUGUAUUUUUAUAAAUUCCUUGGCCGUUCAGAUCAGCCCGUUUUCAGAAACACUGUCUCAGGUUACAGGAAGUUGCCAUGGGAAACAAAUAAUUUGGAAUUUGGAACUGGGCUAGAAGUCAACCACGUAGGAAGCCUACUAUUUAAAUCCUUGGCUUCAGGUCAGUGACAUUUAAUGCCAUAGAGCUAGCAAUUGCCACCCAUUAAUUUAACUUUCCAGUCUUAGCUGAGGCUGAGAAAGCUAAAGCUUGGUUUUGGCAGGUCUUCCAAAUGUGAAGACGCUGCUUCCCGCUGCCUGGGGCGGGGGCUGAACCCGACACCCCCACCCCCAUCCCUGCCAAGGAAAGGCGUCUACAAAAAUGAUGCAAUUCAGUGUGCCAGGUCUCUGUAUAACCAGGUCAAUAUUUUGGUGAAGAAAAUUAAAAAGUUGUACUGAUACUUUGGGAUCCCAUGGGAGGAUGAAUUGUCACCUCUAUCCAGACUGUCAAGCUGGGUGGCGUGGGUUCACUGGCAUUCUUUGCAAUACUGCUUAAUCGCUGACACCGUAUGAAAGAAACAUGGGCUGUGAUUACUGCAAUCACCGUACGUGCUACCGGCAGGUGAUGCUUUGGAAGAGGUGGAAGCAAUAACAAAAUGCUUGACUACCCGCUGGUGUAAUCGCAAAUGCAAGCCCCAACUUUCUUACUCACCUGUUUCAUGGGGAGUGUGAAGACUGAGCCGGAUUGGCCAAUUCAGAACGAAAACCUAACUAGGUUUUGUAGAGCCAAUUAGACUUGAAAUACAUUUGUAUUUCUCGAAUCACCGCUGAAGCAUUGUCUGCACUCACUGUCCCUCGUACAGCCUUAUUUUGUCGGUGCUUUGCAUUUUGACGUUACUUUGAGCCUUGCGUGACAUCACGAGGCUGGAGGAAACCUCUCAGACCACCAGUUUCCAGUCCUAACAAAUGCUCCCACCUGAAUUUGUACACGACUACAUUUUUUUUAAAAAGGUGUUUUCAGCAUAUCCCAGAUUUGUUUUCCUUUUUGGCUUUCUGCAAAGUCCCCAGAAGACAAUUUGCCAACCCUUCCUGCUCUCCAUUUUUAUGAUGACAAUCAGAGCUGGCCUGAGAAACACAAUUUGUGACUUUUUAAACCAUCAAUGAUGUCCUUAAAAUGUGGUCUGCCAAUCUGUACAAAAUGGUCCUAUUUUUGUGAAGAGGGACGUGAGAUUAAAUGAUGUUAUACAUCAAUAUGUAUAUAUGUAUUUCUAUAUAGACUUGGAGAAUACUGCCAAAACAUUUAUGACAAGCUGUAUCACUGCCUUUGUUUAUAUUUUUUUAACUGUGAUAUUCCCCACUGGCACAUUAACUGUUGCACUUUUGAAUGUCCAAAAUUUAUAUUUUAGAAAUAAUAAAGAGAAAAAUACUUAACAUGUUCCCAAAA